AUGGAACACUUAAACAUUGGCUUUGUACUUAAAAUCUUCUUCUCCACGUACCUUUACGACAUUCUGACCAAUGCGAGCGUGGUUAAGAACAAGAUCCCGGUCCUGCUCUGCUGUAACAAGACGGAUAAAGUAACUGCCCACACAAAAGAUUUCAUCCGCAAGCAGAUGGAGAAAGAAAUAGAGGAACUUAGGGCUUCGAGGAGCGCGGUAUCAACUGCUGAUAUAGCUAAUGACUUCACGCUCGGGAUUGAAGGAGAAGUGUUUUCCUUUACGCAUUGCUUAAACAAAGUCUCGGUCGCUGAAGCAUCUGGAUUAACAGGAGAAACUGAUCAGAUAUUGCUUGCGGCACAAGCUAACGAUUUCAACCAAGACAUUGACAUAACAUGGGGUGAUGGUCGAGGAAAUAUAUUGAACAAUGGAACUCUUGUAAAUCUCGCUCUUGAUCAAUCUUCGGGAUCAGGGUUUCAAUCGAAAGCCGAGUAUUUGUAUGGAAAAGUCGACAUGCAGAUCAAACUUGUCCCUGGAAACUCUGCCGGGACCGUGACUACCUUCUAUUUGAAGUCUCAAGGAUUAACAUGGGACGAGAUAGAUUUCGAGUUCUUGGGGAAUGUUAGUGGAGAUCCAUACAUUCUUCACACUAAUGUUUACACUCAAGGCAAAGGCGAUAGAGAGCAACAAUUCUAUCUUUGGUUCGAUCCCACCGCUGAGUUCCAUAACUAUUCUAUUCUUUGGAACCCGAGUCACAUAGUGUUCUAUGUUGAUGAGAAGCCAAUUAGAGAAUUCAAUAAUUUAGAAGCAAUGAAUGUGGCUUAUCCAAAGAACCAGCCCAUGAGAAUGUAUGGUAGUUUAUGGAACGCAGAUGAUUGGGCCACAAGGGGGGGUUUGGUCAAGACAAACUGGUCACAAGGACCAUUCGUAGCCUCUUUCAAGAACUACAACUCCGACAAUGCUUGUAUCUGGUCCAGUGAUAAUGGAACCACGACUAGUACUACUUCUUGUAGCCCUGGUGGCUCGUCUUCUUCUUCCUCGAGCAGUACUAGCGAGUGGUUUUCGCAGAGAGGGAUGGAUUCUUCAAGCCAGAAAGUUCUUAGAUGGGUCCAGAGGAAGUUCAUGGUUUAUAAUUAUUGUAAGGACAAGAAAAGGUUCUCUCAGGGUUUGCCUAUUGAAUGCAAGAACAAGAGCAAGAACAAAAAAGUCUCGAGAUGA